GAUAAGGCUCUUAUUCAACGAUAUACCUGAACUGUCGUUGACAAAGGCAGACACAUGUAUGAUUGCAAACAGUAAGCACGUAUACAUGGACUCGUGUAAAUCAGAUCACAACUGUUAAAUUUGACAGACCACAUCUGUCAAGUUUCAGACUUUAUUUGGAAAAUGCCGACACUGUUGUUCGUAUUCGUACUCGCAACACUUGGGGUCAACUCUGCUUGUGGAACAUGUGUGGCAGACUGUGACUGGAGUGUGGGAGAGUGGGGAGAAUGCAGUAGAUCAUGUGGCGGAGGGUUUCAAACCAGAAACAGGACCCUGUGUUGUCAUGACAACGAGUCUACAGAAACAUGCCUGGAGCGAUGCCACAACAAGUCCUAUGCAGGUGCCCCAGACACCCACAGAACGUGCAACAACGUAUGCUUCAAUGGAGGGACGUUCGAUGGCAACACUGGUGUAUGCAGAUGUAGACAGGGGUGGACAAGUACAUGUUGUCAGAAGGUUUCCUCCACGUACAUAUACAACUGCAGACCUCAUGCUGUUCACAGAGCUGAUGUCAACGUCUACACAAAUUCUUCCUACUUUGAUGGAUCAAACAUUACCACACAGAAUGCUGUAUAUGUCGUUAAGACGCAUAUGCAACACGGAAUGGUCGAUGUCAAUGUAGGAAGAAAUAUGUCUGUUGGCAUUACUUUUUUCACGGACACAAAACAAACUAGUGAGGGAAAUGUGAGACAUAUGGCUGCAUCUUUUAGCUCUCUGCUUAAAGAAACUUUAAUCUACAGAGGCCUGCUCUUUGGAAACCUCACAAAAAUCUCACUUGAGGUUGCUUGGCGUGGUGGUCACUCUGGAAUCCCGGAGGCAAUAGAUGUCACUUCUACAAACAUGGAUCAUCCAUCUGCCUUUCGCUGUGUGAGGAAAUUAUCUGAGAUGGAAAGCCUUCAGCGUCUGGUCCGAAAACGACGAUCUGGGAGCAGAAGUUUAAAGAUUGAAAUACGCACGAGCUCAGCCUGGUUUUCUGGUACCGGGGCCAAAGUGUAUGUCAGACUGACAGGUGAUAAAGGUGUCACGGGAGACAUGCGCAUGACUGGGGGAUUUGGUAGAGGGGACGUUGCCAGAAACACUGUCAGUAUCGACGAAAUAGGAGUGAUACAGAAAUUAAGAAUAUGGCAUGACAAUUCCGGAUCGAAGGCUGGAUGGAAUCUUGACUGGGUUCGUGUUCACGAGCAAUCUGAAAGUGGUGUUACUUACGAAUUCCACUGUGGCUGCUCGUUGGAGGGCGGUAACAACGCACACGAGCGCACACAUACCACAGUUUGCAGAUCAAUAGACAACUGCCGCACACAGCGAUGUCAAACCUGUGUUGAUUGUGAAACUCCUCCAGAGAAGCAUUAUUUCAAACUAAGUACAGAUAAACAUACUUGCACACUGUGUCCCUAUCUAGAAAACUGCUUGAAACAAGAAUGUCACGCAUGCACAACUUGUAAUGCCCCUCCUGCAACUGCAAAUUAUAUAUAUCGGAUGCAAAAAGACAAGCAAAGAUGUUACCGUAGUUGUGUGGAUAUGAGUGGGGAUAUCAAACAUUCACUAUUGUGGUUACGUCCGGAUAAGGAACACUGUGACGCCACGUGCUCGUAUGUGAAGGAGAGGUGGUGCUGGCCUGGAACAUGCUCUGAUGGUCUCACAAAGUCAUGUUUGUGUGAUGCCGGAUUCAGAAGGAAAGGCAGUGCAAUAUGUGACGUUGACACAAAGGCCACAUUGCUCACCUGCAACGUUGGAAUAGAAGACAUCAGAGGCAGCAUGAGGAACAGCACCAGCAUUAGCGACAUGACCGACUGUUAUUCACAGACAGACGUAUAUAUCAACAUACAACCUGAGUUUAUGGCCUUCAGCAUCACAGCUGACUUUCAACAGAAAGUAUCAUCCUCUCCGCCUGUGUAUCUUGGUCGAACCUACAUUGGCAUCGUGGAUAGCAACGUGACUGUGACAAGAAGAAACCUGUCAGGUACGGAACACAUUCUGUCAUUCACAAAGUUGAGGGGAGAUGGCGACUGCAGCAGGGCCCUUUCAUCGUCCACACCUUCAGCACUUGUGUCAUGUGACAGAGUAUUGAAUGGUUCAUCUUCCCUGCAAAAUGGAGAAUGGUUAUGUGGACGAAUUAAGGUUUAUUCAGGGGGUUCAUUUGAAUACAAGAACUUCGAUGGGCGCAUCCUUGGCUACAACAGAUUUAACUCCCUUGAGGAAAGCAAGACCAUCUGCUUCAGAUACGACAACGUUUCCCCUGUUCACUGUACAAAAGAUUCAAGAUUCCCAUGUUCCUCUGCCAGUCCCCUGCGUUUAUCCACAAGAGCAACCAAAUCUCCUAACAUCACUGUUGGGGUGUCAGGCUGGAUAGACCCCUAUCCUGAGUCUGGGAAACAAGAACAAGCCUCAGGAGUGAAGUACUUUAAGGUGGAUGUUUAUGGUAUGAAACUCCUUGGCCUUGAUACACUGGAUGUGGACUAUGCUAACAAUGUGUUUAAAUUAGAUGGACUGAAAGGAAACAAUGUGAACAUCUCGGUCUCACUCCCAGUAGAACCUGCCAUGUAUGUUACAUAUUUGGAAGUUCAUGAUGUUGCUGGAAAUGUCCGAUUUGCUCGACGUUUUCUGUUGUAUGAUAAUUCAUCUAAACUUGAGGUUAUGACAACUAGAGUAUUGAGGGUCAUAUCUGCGUCAGUUGAUUCUAGAUAUACUUGGCAAAUUCACCAUGGAAACAUUCAGUUAGAUUGGAACGAACGUUAUCAUAAUGAUCAUUACGUGAAGAAUGAUUAUUUUUUCCAUAUGAAACCAGACACAAGCAAUGCAAUAUCAGGUGUAUAUGAUCAAGUAACAGGCAUUUUACCUGUCAUGGGCACUGAGAGUAUCCAUGGUAUCACCAGUUUUAAGUAUCAAUGGUGUCUCAACAAUGGUUCAAACACGUCGUGGGAAUCCGUUCCUGAUUUUACCAACCAGUCUUUGAGUCUUAGUCUGAAUCUGACGGAUGGUGAAACAUAUGAAGUGUGGAUUGAGGCCCAGGAUAUCAUGCUGAACACCAUAGCGGAGUCUGUAGUGGUGCACAUAGACAGGAGUGUGGCUGAUAUUGCUGAUACCUGGCUGGUGAGAGAUGGAACGAGUCAGAUAUACGUUCACAACAACACAGAUCUUUCGACAAUGGUUCUUCAGUUUCGAGCAUGGGAUGUCCACAGUGGGAUCACCUCUGUGCUAUGGGCGCUUGGGACAAUAAAUGCGGCAUCGGAUCUCGGAAAUGGGGCGCUUCCUGUCAAGAAACUAAAUGAUCAGGAUGACUGUCCACGAGGGCCAGAUUGUUACUGCCCAUCUGUUGGGCCUUGUGAGUUCCAGAAUUAUACGCUCAACUUAGGCAGCACUAGUCUUAAAGCCAACAAUACCAACACAGGACAACACAACAGAGAGUAUUACUUCACCCUCUCCAUAACUAAUGGGGCAAUGCUUAAGAGUUUUGCUCACCUGGAUGUGCUGGUUGAUGAGUCUCCUCCUGCGGUUGGCGUCGUUCAAGAGGGAAGCAUUGACGGUCCAGACAUAGAUUACACCAGUGAGGAACAUGUACUGAUCAGUUGGCAAGGCUUCAUAGACCACGAGAGUGGUAUACGGUAUUACAUCGUAGGGUUAGCAGACAGAUGUCUUACUCUUGAUGAACUGAAGCAAACAAAUGCUAGUCAUAACAUCAUUCAAAAAGCAACAACUGAAAGUUUAUCCCUAGUUUUCCCAACCGAAGGUAGAUAUUUUACUUCACUUGUUGCCGUUAACAAUGCUCUUGAGCCUUCCGCCGUUAUUUGCUCAGAUGGCAUCACGUUUGAUCUCUCUCCGCCGAUCAUUGAAAACAUCAAUCUACACCAAGCAGCUUCUUUAUCAAGUCUCCAUUGCAUUAGUAAUCACAUAUGGCUAAUCAACUCUAACAUGACAAUGGCUAAGCUUCCAAUGGUGUCACGGUGCCUUGAACGAUGCCAUGAUUACAACCAAGAUAGGAAUUUGCGUUUUCCUAUUGUACAUGCAGGUUACAUAAACAAUGAGACAGCCGAUAGUCUGUGUAGGGAUCUACCAUAUCUGAAUGAGACUGUAAUGUAUGUGCCGUUUCACAAGCUUGUUCUUAACUGGAGCAUAAUUGAAAGUGAAAGCCAGAUUCGCGAUUCCUUUGUAGGGUUUGGGUAUGAUGUGUCGACAUACAGCAAACCAGAUCUAGCCGACUAUAAACCUACCCAUAGGAAAACAAGUUUCCACAGUCAUGAAACUGGUUUAGACAGUGGGACAGAGUUUUACAUAUUUAUCAAGACUGAAAACAAGGCUGGUGUCUCGUCAGUGGCGACACUCGGUCCUGUGAUGAUAGAUGACACCCCUCCAGAUGUACACGGGAUGCUCGUCCCAGAGAUAGUUGGGGAUCAUGUCAGAGUCACCUGGACUAAUCACACAUUCUCUGAUCCUGAAGAAGUACGUCAGCAGUUCACAGUUACAUACCGGGCAGUUAUAGAUGAGGACUAUGUCACACCAAUCCUGCAAAGUCCUUCUGGGGCAAGUAAGGUGUGUAAAGCUGAGGGGCAUGCUGGCUGUAUUCAGUAUCCACUGGUUCCCCUGCAGCACCAGGACUCCGAAAUCGGAAAGACGUGUCUCUUUGAGUUGUAUGUUUACAACUCAGCAGGCCACUUUACUACUGUAAGAACUGACUCAAUCCGUCUUCCAUCGCUGUUCCCCCCUGGGCCAGCUGUGGUCGUUGAUGUCGAUCCUUCGGAUGUAGACUCCUUGGUAGACGUAGACUUCCACCAGCAGUAUUCUGCUUGUGCUCACUGGUCUGGAUUUAAGCAUCACAGGAACGUUACCUUUGACAUCGGCAUCGGGUCAGCAGCUGGUAUGGAUGAUGUUGUAGGGUUUACAAGAGUCACUGGGAUGGAUACCCUCACUGCUUGCAUUAACUCAUCCUCUCUCAAGUUGUUUGCAAGGUACUUCACAUCAAUACGAGCGAAAUGUUCAGGUGGAGAGACUGUUUCAUCGUCAGAUGGAUUUAUGAUUGUGGCCGAUAUCCCUCAUUCCAUCUCUGUUAAUGAUGGCCCUGGAUGUGAACUGAAUGAGGAGAGUUUGGUUAACUAUCUUGAUUUACAUAACCUUUCUCACCACAUGAUCAUUAACGUAACAUUCGACAAGCCACUGCAUCUUGGACACCACUACAGUACUGUACUUAGAAAUAUCACUACCUUUGAAGGAUUCACAUUUCUAUCUGAUGAUGUAUUCACCACUGGUAGCAACGUCGUAGAUAAUUCAACAUAUCAAGUACAGUUUUUUCCUCUUACAACUAAUCCAAAGUUCCAGCUGAGUGUAUCAAAUGGAAGCAGUUUAAACAUUUAUAUGUACAGAUGUGUUCAGGAUGUUGACUACAUGGUCUCAAAAACAUCCUACACACUGCAUUGGGAGUCCAACAGCAAAUACAUGAAGUUUGCCACUCAUUACCAUCUCGAACUACUGGAAAGGACAUGUAACAAUGAAUCUUCCGAAACUUGUGUCAACAUCAUCAGAGCCACAACGGUUAAAGCAGGAAGGGGCACAGCACACUUGACCAAUCUAAAUCUGAAAACUGGACAACAUUAUUUAGCUUCCGUAUCGCCUUGCUAUGGACACAUAUGCCUGUCAAGUGAGCCGUCUGAUGGUGUGAUGCUAUCUGGAAUUCCAGACAUUGGUAAUAUAAUCUCUCUUAUACAGGAUGACACUGGAGCUUGUACAAACAUAUCUAUUGAAGUGGCAAGUAUUGAGUGUGCAGCAACUAGAAAGGUAUCUCGGAGCUGCAUCAUGCAGUGGGCAAUCACCAAAUCCGAAUCUGAUAUCAGUCCAGCUACAAGAUGGAUGCCAGUAGACACUGCCUCUUGUGAUGUCAAGACAUCAAGAUGCCUGAAGCUACCAAUCCACUCAUUUCAAAAGAUGUUUACAUGUGUACGAGUGUUCUGCCCAUCUGGGCAGUUUGGUUCUAAGUGUGCGGAGCUGACAUUGAACCCAUAUGCUCAGUCUUAUAGUGAGCAUGCACUGUUUGAACUACCAGCCGAUGAUCAACGUCUGGCUAAUGUCGAGGAUAUUCUCCACAGUGAACGUCUUGGCACAAGGCUAAAACUGCUACAUGAGCUGGAUGUUGACUUCAUAAACAGCAGCAGCAGAGUGAGUUCUAUCAUCACCAACACAGCUGGACGUAACAUCACAUGGUUCAUCAUGAGAGGAAUUCAACAUGUUCCAGUGUAUGACUGUGACUCGGAUGAAUCAUGCUUGGCAUGGAAAUGUACACAAACUGGAUAUGUCAGGUUCGGCUGGAUAGACUUUUACGAUGCUGAAUCCUAUUACAUCUGUGCCAAUGUCAAUGGAAAUAAGGAAAAGGAACUAUCGACCUUCACCAUUUGUGGAAAUGGAUUUGUGGUGGACAAGACUCCUCCUGUUGGAGGUUCUGUCAGUGUAAUUAACACAGUGUCAGGCUUCAUCACAGAUUCCUCACAUAUGUCCAUCACAUGGUCUGGGUUUUCUGACAAGCAGCCACCUGGACUUGGCUAUGCUCAUGCAAUCAAAUCAUACUCAAUUGCAAUCGGGAACUAUCCUCAUGGUCAAAAUGUCAAACCAUGGACACAGGUUGGUGAACGCACGUCAUUUCAAGCACAGGGGCUUUCCAUCAAGAGUGGGGAAGUGUACUAUGUCACCAUCAAAGCUGAAGACCAUGUCGGUCAUAUAACAGAGAGAAUUUCUCCUGAAAUUGUAGCCGACCUCACUCCACCUGUGUGUGGUGAGAUUCAUGUUGAAAGACUAUUCCCGCACAAGAAGUUUUUGAGGACGAAAACACUUCACAUCCAUUGGAGAAAUAUCCACGACCCUGAAAGUGGCAUCGACUCCUUCCAUCUAACUAUUUUCACAUCAGUCAACACAGAGACGUCACAUCUACGUUUUGGCUCGGGAACUACAUCUGCACAUAUUCACAUUGAUGACACGUUUAUUGAAGGAUAUGUUUAUGAAAUCAGAAUUCAGGCCACCAACAACGCCCAGCUUCAGUCUCUCUGCACAUCCAAGGCAUUCAUCAUUGACAACUCCCAACCACAUGCUGGCGUUCUUCGAGAUGGUUAUGAUGGCAUUAAGGACGAAGUAGACUUUCAAACAAGCACAACAGAAUUAGGUUGCCGCUGGACUGGAUUUGACGACCCUCACUCUGGCAUCCAUGGCUACAGAAUAGGACUUGGAACUUCACCUGGGGUUUUGGAUGUUCAGCCUCUUCUGUCUGUUGGACUUCGGACAAGUUAUAACUGGACACAUGCCUUCAUCCCCGGAGUGAAGUAUUACAGUACUGUAGAGGCGUGUAACAAUGCAGGGCUCUGUGUUACUGCAUCUUCUGAUGGCGUUGUUAUGGAUGGAUCCUCUCCUGCAGCUGGUGUUGUUUUUGUCGGUCACACUGACACCCAUAACAAAUAUCACGGUCACAGAUCAUAUGUUCACAGUAAAUGGGUUGGUUUUGAAGAUGCAGAGACAGGAAUCCAUCACUUUGAGUGUUGCAUUGGACAGACAUUACAUUCUUGUGACAUUAUGAAUUUCACAAACACAGCCCUCUCCGAUUCUUACUUGGCAAGUGGGCUGCACCUACCACUCUCUGUUCCCCUGUUUGUGACAGUAAGAGCAUACAACCCUGUGGGUCUGUUUGUCGAGGCUGUCUCAUCCAGUUUUGAAGUUGAUGACACUGCACCUAAAGCCAUCGACAGACCAGUGUUCAUGUCAACAGCACCAGAUGGACCCGAAAAUAUCACAAUACAAUGGGAUAACAGUCUCCUGUAUUCAAAGUGGAAGUUCACUGAUGAUGGCAGUCCAAUACAUAGGCACAUACUUACGUUUAAAACAUACCACGAGGCAGCAGUAGCAGUAGAACAGAUUACGUUAGGACCACAGACCAAUCACCUACUUAUUCUACAGAAAGAUAACAGACUCAGGAAUGGAGAUAAAUAUCAACUGUCGGUGACUUCCUGUAACAGGGCAGGGUUGUGUACAACGUCACACAGCAACGACAUUAUGAUUGAUUCUACUUCUCCUAUACUGGGAGGCUUUAAGCCACCACUAACGUGGCAAACCAUGAGCAUCAAUGGAUCCGAAGUAACAUUUGUCAAUCUUACCUGGUAUGGCUUUUCAGAUGCAGAAUCGAACAUUUCAUGCUACCAUAUAAAUGUGGGAACAUCGUAUGAAGGAGGCGAGCUAACAAAUGAUACAAUCACAGUCAAUCAUGACUCAUCAGUGAAAGAGCAGUCAAGCACAAUCCAACUAUCACAGACACUUAGUGGCGGCGAAAUUGUUUUAUCUAUUUGGGCUGAGAAUUCUGCAAAUCUUCUGAGUCCAGUUGGUAAAGUUACAGUAUCAGUAGUAGCAACAAAUACCAAGACUAGACGUGAAGGAAUACUGGAACUACAGCGCCACUCCUGUGACACACACUACUGCACUGACGACUGUACAUGUGCUGUGGUUGGUCGGAAAUGUAAUCCACCUUCUACACCCGUAGACUGUCAUGAUAUGUCUAAUAGUACAUCACAUAGGCAUCUGGAUGUCCGAAUAUAUCCUGAAGCCCGUAACCAAUCUGGCGCCUAUGCCAUACCUUCUCUGUCUUGUAUUGCUGGACAUUGGGAGACAACAUUUGACAUACAACGAUAUGAAUGGAGUAUGGGGCUGCUCAACGAACCAUUUGGGGCUGGAAUAUUUACAGCCAGUGAAAGUACCUGGUAUGAUGUUGGAAAGAGGACUGAGACUGUUCACUGUCUGCCAUAUGGUCGAGCUCUUGAACAUGGAGAAGACUACGUAAUCUACAUUAGGGCCUGGUACUCAGAUUCGGAAUACAGAGUCUUCACAUCCCCAAGUAUAAGAGUCGACCACACACCCCCUUCUGUGAGAAGAGGCAGGGCGUUGAAGGACUCAGAUUCAUCAUGCAACAGAGACUUUGACAUCUUCCACAGCAAUCACAGUGACAUUACUGCCUGUUGGCAAGGAUUGUUCCAGGAAACGCAAACAAACAUUGAGGAAUACAUAGUCUGGGCUGGUGUUACAAAAUAUGGUACAGACCUGUUGCCAUAUCAGAGUGUAGGCCUGACCACAGACAUCUCCUUACCUGUGGUAAAUAUGACUCAUGGUACCAAGUACUAUGUGGGCAUUCGUGCCAUCAACUCCCUAAACAUGUCUGCCACUGUCAUCUCUGAUGGUUUUGUGGUAGAUGCAGACAUUCCAGUUGGUGGACACGUCUUCAACACUGAAUAUCAUCGAAGUAGACUGACACAGUCUGAGAACUCAUCCGUCGGUGUUUCAUGGCAUGGAUUUCAAGACCAUCACUCAAGUGUGAAGCAGUAUCAUGUUCACCUGAAGGAAGACAACUCAUCAAAUACUGUAGCUAACACCACAGUGACACUCAUGAACUCGAUUGUCUUUGAUGCCUUGAAUCUAGAACAUGGACAAUAUUACACAGCGUCUGUUGUAGCAGAGGAUUUUGCAGGACAUCUAAGUAACGAAGUGACAUCCCUUCCAGUGUUAAUUGAUGAGACUCCUCCAUAUGGAUUUGUGUGUAAGAACUUCACAAAUGUCUCCAUCACCAACAUGUCCUUUGAGGAAAAUAAUCUUCCAUCUGGUUUCCUGAAUGUGUUUACAGUUGCUUUACCUCGAGUCACUGGCUCACAUUAUCGUGUGAGGGUUUCUAUUCAGCGUGAUCAUCUUAAUCAUGAAGAGGCUCUGUUUUCAGUGGGUGGUAUCCACAUCCAGACCCCAUUUGUUCCAAGAUAUAACCACACACUGCACUGUGCUGAAUACCAGUUUACACUUGAUGCAGAAACUAUGCAUGGCUCAGCUGUUUUAAAAAUUACUAUUCAGAGUAAAGAAACCUUCCAGGAUGCAAAUAUAGAAAUUGAGCUAUGCACAGACAAAGAGAGAACACAAGGGUCAGAUGUAAUAACAACACGACAACUUACGCCCUCACUACUAGGUAUCUGCACAAGGUUGAUGGACCCUGAAAGCGGCUUAAAGAACAUACAGAUUGGAGUUGGUACAACACCAGGAGGGUUUCAGCUACAGACCCUUUGCUGUGCAGAAGCUGGGUUCCACCAGUUGGUGGAGGUCACCGCCCCCCAUGGGACGCCAGUUUAUACAACAGUCAUAGCUGAGAAUGGUGCCGGACUGAUGACGCUUUAUCUUUCUGAACCCAUUGUGCUCGAUCACACUCCACCCAAAAUAUCAGAUGUAAAAGUGCACCUUGUUUAUUCAGGUAUCAAACCUUCUGAUACAACUCACGCAUCUGGAUCCUGGUCAACUGAAGACGAUGAAUCAGGAAUUGCUGCAUGCUGGUGUGCUCUAGGUUACAAGAGACUGACAUCUGAUCUCCAUGGCUGGGUUACCUCCACGAGCGGUACAUCAUGCCAGAUACCUGUUCCACAUCCAUCCCACGGGCUCAGAAUAUACAUGACCAUACAGUGUACCAACAACGUGGAACUAGACACGCUCGUUUCAUCAAAUGAGCUACAAAUUCUCUUCAGACCACCAUUGUCUGCUGGUAGCAUGGUAGACUUUGUGGUACGGAACAGCUACAGCCAACAUGGGAAGGACGUGCCACAGUCUAUAAUGUCCUCUCUUGCUUUUCAGUGGACUUGGCCAGACCAGGAGUCUGUCAAUCACUACCAGUGUCGGGUAACAGGGAUGGAAGUCUGGCUGGACACCACCUUGAGAUACUGUGAAAUAUCAGGUGUGAGUCUGAAGGAUGGGGAAAAUUAUACAGCUAUGGUUCGUGCAGUAAACAAGCGCAAGCAAGUCAGCGAGGCAGUAUCAGCAUCUGUAACAGUAGACAGAUCAGUGCCAGUACUUACAGGAAGAAAAGCAUUAGCUCACUGGGGCUCUGACAGUGUGAGGGUUACCUUUGGAGAUGUGUUUUAUCCCAGAAGAGACCAUCUCACCUACACCAUCAGUGUGGGCUCCAGCAUGGGCUACAGCGACUACAUGCAUCUGUACACUACACGUCACGCUGACGUCACAGUCAACGUCCCGGGCACAACAUCGGAGAUUCACGUGACAAUUACAGCCCAAGCACCUGUUGGCACUUACGAAACCUAUUAUGGUACUUUCACAAGGAAGUACUAAGUUUGUGAAUAUAAUUACUACAAACACAUGUCCUACUAACGCGUGCUAGCUUAUUGCAUUAGUAAGCCGAAAUUUAAGUCUAAAAAUAUCUCACAGUCUUUGUUUGUUGUAAUAUAUGUGCAUUUAGACUAUCCUGAUUUAUCACAUUAACCUUUAGAUCGUGUUUUUGUAAUAGCGUGUGGUAAAUAUAUACAGUAUCAGUAUAAUCAGAAACAAAACCCUAUUCCUAUUUAGCUGAUAAUUACAUAACAUGUGGUAAAUAAAUACAGGAUGACGCAUUGGAAUUGAUGUACUUAUGAAAGAAACCUGUAAGUCAUUACAGCGAAAUAUUUGCAGGAAACCUCUAAUUUCAAACGAAUUAUAUGAAUUCUUGAAUGCCGUAGUCAAUACAAUAUCCCUGUGUGUGUGUAGAUUUGUGUAACAUUAGUAUACUCCAUAUUAUAUCUUAUUAUUCCUAUAUAGAAAUCUGUCUGCACUGUUUUCUUUAUAACCUGAAAAGUAUAUUGCGUACAGUCCGUAUUUGAUUAAACAUAAAAUCAUUCAA